CAAAAUGGCGAGGACAAAGGUAGUGUUGGUGCAUGGCGCCGGAGGAGGAGCUUGGGAGUGGCAGGAAUGGGAGAAGGAGCUGAGGGAGCUUGACAACGUCGAGAUUGUAGCUGUCUCACUAGAACCCAACAAGGACAAUCUUGCGGCGACUGGGCUCGAUGACUACUGUGAGCAAGUUACCAGAUACGCUGCCGGGGAUCACGACACAGUGCUGAUUGGCGCAAGUCUGGGCGGCCUCCUAUCCCUUCUUGUGGCGCAGAAAUGCACAGCACGAGCUCUGAUCCUUGUUGCAAGUGCGCUGCCUGCUCUACCAGACUCUCCAGUGAAGGUCCACGAACUCGGUCACGAACCGUUUCCUGCCGUCAUACGCUGGGCAGAAGGUGACUUGGAGGCGACACGGGUGUGCAUGCCAAACUCAGGUGUGAAAGAGUCCGGAGAAAAGUCAUGAUGCUUGACUGUUGACGGUCUUGAAGACGAUGAGUUGGUAAACUUGGCUUGGCGUUCAUGGCGGGAUGAGUCUGGACGUGUGCUGAAUGAGAUUCGAGAAGGAGUUCGUCUCCACAAGAAGCCUUCUUGCCCAAUUCUGUUCGUUGUUCCUGGUAAAGACGAAGAGAUCCCUGCCUUGCACCAACAGAUCGUCGCGGAGCACCUCGAUGCAGAGAUCUUGUCGUACCCCGAGUUGACUCACCUUGGGCCGUUGCUGUCACGUGAAGCACGUACUGUAGCGGCUGCUGCAGCACGUUGGCUGAAGGAGAAACUUGGAGAAGGGAGAUGAUCUUUUCAUCGCAUCAUGCCUUCAGACCAGCCAACAUCCUUGACAGAUGUUGAGAUCUGUGACAUCUCCAUCUUCUUCUCCUUGAGGUAUUCCAGAGGAGACUCGUGUAGCGCCUGCAUUCUUGCCAUCGCCGCCUGUUUGAACUCAGAGGUACCGACGAUGGGUGGUUCGACCCUCAUCACCUGCUUGGCCUGCUUUUUCUUCAUUCUCCUUUCCCGCCUCUCUUGGACUGCCAGACGUUCUCAAUGCUGGACCAACAAGAUCACCUCCGCUUACAAGUCUCGUCAUGAAAAUCUCGAUUGUUCAGCCUCCUUCUGAAUGAUAAAGUGAACACGUUCUAUUG